GCUCUCAAUACGAAAUCUCGACUCGCAACCACAAACACUUCAAAGCUCUCGUCUUCUCCAAUGGCUUCGACAUCGCCCUCGCUCCUCCUCCUCCACUCCCUUCCUCGCCGCACCGCCAUCCACUGCCUCGCCGCCUCUCCACCUCCCUCUCCCCACUCCCUCACCCGGCGACGAUCACUUCUCCUCCUCGCCGCGCCGUUUCUCGCGGUGCCCGUGCCGGCGCUGGCGCAGGACAUUCCGUUGUUCGGGCUGCGCAAGAGGCUCCAGGUGAUCGAAAGGGAUGCAGAGGAGAUAGUGAAAGAAGGUGAGAAGAUCGUGGAGGAGGGCAUCGAGGUUGCCGGGAAGGAGAUUGAGGUUGUUGAGAAGGAGAUCGAUACAGCGAAAACUGGGCUUGAGCUUGGUCUUGAGCUUGGCCUAGGUGGAGAUCUCGCGCAGGUUGGAGCCGUGACGGCAGCGGAGGUCGUCGGGGUUUUGGCUGCCGUCUCCGUCGUCAAUGGGAUUCUUGGACCCGAAUCUCAGUAGCCCUAAUUUUUUAUAUAUAUAUAAUUUCGUAAAACUUUUAUCUGUAAAUGCAUGUUGGAGAUGAAAAUUUUAUUUUAUUAUAUAUAUAAUUUUAUUUAAUUUA